UUUGAAGAAAUUGUUUGGCAAUUUUGACAAGAAUGAAACGUUUGCGGCUUUUUUCGCUGUUUAAUAUUUUGUUGUAAACAUUAGAAUUUUCAUUGUAAGCUUAAAGUAAGAAACACGUUUCACAAAUGAAAAUGAACGCAACUAGUUUAUAUGUAUCAACAUGUCGGUUAAUUAUCCUGGCUGAUGCGGCAGACAAAUCUUCAUGGACGGAUCUUUUUCGAUUAGUUCCAUACUUACGCCAAUCUUUAUCUUGUACCGUUUGUGGUAACUUAUUAAAGGAGCCUUAUACACCAACAAGUUGCCAACAUCACGUUUGCAAGAAAUGUAAAGGUGGAAGAAAGAAACUAAAACCGUCAUGUAGUUGGUGUAAAGAUUACGACCUGUAUGCUGAGAAUUUGCAGUUACGAAUACUAUUACAGUGUUACAAAAAGCUUUGUGAAUAUUUUAUGGGUACUGAUGUGUACAAAACUUUAUUAGAAGAAGAUGAAAUAGCCGCGGGAGUAAAUGGAGGCACAGUGGCUAGUUCUGGAUUAAUAGAUUUGAUUCAGGAAGGCGCAGGGUUUUCUGAUGACUAUAAGAGUACAGCGGGACUUUCUAAAUCAGCAUACAGUAUAUUACCGUGUGUUUACACAAAUUCAGCAUCAACGCAGACCCAAGGUGCAUCAUCGUCUAGUAACUCUGAGACUCGGUCAUCCAAUAAAGAUUCUCCAAACUCUAGGUCUGUGUCCAAUGGAUCGCCACUCUAUUCCGUUAUGUAUGCAGGCUCUGGCAAUAAAAUAACAAUAAAAAGAAAAGCUGUAGAUGAUACAGACUCAACUUCACAGGGGGAAUCAAGUGGUAGAGAGGGCAAGUCAGGCUUGGGUUUCAAAAAGCCAUCAAACAGGUCUCGAAACUCUGCCAGCAGCAAAAGAAAAGGUUGUCGUUGUGGAAACGCAACUGCAACACCAGGGAAACUCACAUGUUGCGGUCAGAGAUGUCCAUGUUAUGUUGACAGUAAACCAUGUACUGAAUGUAAAUGUAAAGGGUGUAGAAAUCCACAUCGACCCGAUGGCAUGAAGGUUAGACCUCACAUUCCCCAAUUGGACAGUAUACAGUUAACAUUGAACACAAACCCAGAUACUUCACCAUCAUGUUCAGGUUCUAUGGAUAGCCUAGAUACAGAUACGCUUACCAUAGAAGCUAUGGAGGAAUCACUCAACUUCUGCGCAGAUCUCAAAUCGUCAAAUAUUAAAGUAUAUUCAAGUCAAUUACAAGAAGUAUCACCGUCACUUCCUGCCACAAUAAUGAUGGAUGAGGAUUUGCCUGGUUCACCAGAAGAUGAUCUAAGCUCACCUCAUGAAUACACACUAGCGUCUCCACAUGAAGCACCCGAUGAUACUAUGUCUCCACAGUCCGAACACCACGACAACACUAGUGACAUUGAUGUCGAUGUAUGACAUCAAAUUUGUGUCACCAGUGACUAGGACACAUUGCCUGUUAUAAAAAUGACAUUACAGAUGGACAUAAUACUGAUUCAUAGGCCACUAGUCACAUGUGUGUAAAACUGUUAGUGAUAAGUUUUACUUUUGAAUAAGCAUUUUGUGCUGAAUUAUUUAUGUCUAUUAUUGUUAAAUGUUUAAUAAUUAUUAAUUACACAAUUCUGUUUCCAUUUAGAUAUUGAAUAAGCAUAAUUCAGUAUAUUGAAAUGCAGUUUUUAUAUUAUUUCAUAAGUACUCGACUGCAAUAUGUAUCAAAGUGUGCUUUUAAAUGUCGAACGUUUUAGUAUCGACUAUAAUCCCAUUUGAUUUCUCAUGGAGACUUUACAUAGAGAGAUCAAACUAGACACUCUAGUUUUUAUAUGAUAAAACUUGCAAAUUUUAUUGUAUACUAAAAUUUGUGCGUAUUUUCGUAGUUCAGUUUGGGAGUAUAAUUUCACAUUUACUAAAAAUGAGUAAAUUGAUAAUUUUACUAAAAAGUAUUAAAUUUAUAGGUUAAUCAAAUAUCGACUUCUCUGUUCUAAUGAAUUACUCUACUCGAAUGUUAAGCCUUUAAGUGUUAUUUUAUAUAAUCUUUGGUCUUUAAUUGUAUACAUAUAGUAGCAGUUCCAUAUAUAAAUAUAUGUGUUUAUUUAAAAUAAUUUAUUUUCCACUAAAAUCAACAUAUGUAUCAAGAUCACAAUGAUUAAGAGUUCAUAGAUAUUUUUUUAAAUAUUGAAUAUCAAAAAGUCAUUAAGCAUACUUAAUAAUGAGUUUCCAAUGUACUUAGAUUUUAAUUUGUCAACCUAUAUAUUUAUAGAUGUGAAAAAUAAUUCACAUACAAGUUUUGUAUAGAAGAAUUAUUAUUUUAUUACCAUAAAAAUAUAUUUAUAGAUCAUUUUCACCCCUAUAUAACAAAUUAGCAUUUUUAUAUCUUUGCUGAAGGCGUCUUAAUUUAAUUGAGUCUCAGCACACACAAAAGUUCAGUGUUUUAGUUCCAUAUCUGAACUUAAAAUGCUGCGUUUAAUCGUUAUAUUUCGCAUGGAACCUCCGUGGCA